CCAAAUAGCAGUGGCAUACCUUAGGCAUUCCCAGCAGGGUGACUCUCCUACAUUGUGCUGACAGCUGACCUGUGUUGUGGGGAAGUCAGGAGAGUUUCCAGCCUGUCUGCAGUUACUCUCACUUAUCAAACACAACAGUGAAAUAAAGAGCUUUUCUCCAAUCUAAUCCUGCUGGACUUCGAGCACUGACUGUGGGCGUUUCUUUACAAUGUGGGGCAUUUGCUGCAGAACUAUGGUGGGGAGGGCGAAACCCUGCGGCCUCAUGAAGCUCCGUCACCUGGUGAAGCCGGUGUCUUUGACUCGAGUCUCCGGCAGAUACCUGACGCACCAGAAGGGCCUGCCCACGCUGCCGGUGCCCCCCCUGCAGCAGACCUGCGAGCGCUACAUCUCAGCUCUGGAGCCCAUCAUGGAGCUGGAUGAGCUGAAGCACACCAAAGAGCUGGUGGACGAGUUCCAGAAAGCAGGAGGGCUGGGAGAGAGACUUCAGAAAAGUCUGGAAAAGAGAGCACAGAACACCGAGAACUGGUUGUCACAAUGGUGGGUGCAGAUUGCUUAUCUGGACUACCGGUUGCCUGUGGUGGUGCAUUCAAGUCCCGGGUUGGUCUUGCCCCGCAUGAACUUCAGAGAUAAACAGGGACAAAUAAGGUUUGCUUCCAAACUGAUAGCAGGUGUUCUGGACUUUAAGACAAUGAUUGACAAUGAGACCCUGCCAGUUGAAUUUAUGGGAGCGAAGCCCCUGUGUAUGAAUCAGUACUACAAGGUGCUGUCGUCCUGCCGUAUCCCAGGCCUGAAGAGCGACUCGGUGGUGAACCAUGCUAAAAGCUCCAGACCCCCGACACACAUAACUGUAGUGCACAACCAUCAGUUCUUUGUGUUGGAGGUGUACAACAGUGAUGGCACUCCACUGACAGCGGAUCAGUUCUGUGUUCAGCUGGACAGGAUCUGCAGCUCCUCCUCUCAAACAAACAUGGAGCCCGUGGGCAUCCUCACCACGCAGCAUCGAGACUCCUGGGGCAAGGCCUACGUCAACCUCAACAAGGAUAAGACCAACAAAAAGUCGGUGUGGGCCAUCCAGAGGAGCAUCUUCACUCUGUGUUUGGACGGAGCCAUGCCUCAGGUUUCUGAUGAGACGUACCGCAGCUCUGCCGCCGUCCAGAUGCUGCACGGAGGAGGCAGCCAGUGGAACAGUGGCAACCGCUGGUUCGACAAGACGCUCCAGUUUAUUAUUGGAGAAGACGGGACAUGUGGUGCGAACUAUGAGCACGCCCCAGCUGAGGGCCCGCCGAUAGUGGCCCUGAUCGACCAUGUUGUGGAAUACACGAGGAAGCCAGACCUGGUGCGGACUCCCAUGGUGCCUUUGCCCAUGCCCCAAAAACUGCACUUCAACAUCACGCCUGAGAUCAAGAAGGACAUCGAGGAGGCCAAGCACGCCAUGGACAUACUGGCCCAGGAGCUGGACACCAAGGUCAUCGUAUUUGACCACUUUGGUAAAAAUAUCCCAAAGACCCACAAGAUGAGCCCUGAUGCUUUCAUACAGGUGGCGCUUCAGCUGGCUUACUACAGGAUGAACCAGCGCUGCUGUGCCACGUACGAGAGCGCCUCCCUGCGUAUGUUCAGAUUCGGCCGCACAGACACAAUCAGAUCUGCUUCGAGCGCCUCCGCUGCCUUCGUCAAGGCCUUUGAUGACCUCAGCAAACAGAACACAGAGAAGGUGGAUCUAAUGGAGAAAGCUGUUCAUGCUCACAGGGCGUAUACUAACAUGGCGAUCAGCGGCCAGGCCAUCGACAGACACCUGCUGGGCCUUAAGAUGAUCGCUCUGGAGGAGAAAGUCUCCGUCCCUGAGAUCUACACGGACCCCGCCUACUCCAAAGCCUUAGAGUACAAACUCUCUACAAGUCAGGUACCGUCAAAGACCGACUGUGUGAUGUGCUUCGGCCCGGUUUCACCCAGCGGAUACGGCGUGUGCUACAACCCCAUGGACGAUCACAUCAACUUCGCAGUGUCCUCUUUCAACAGCUGUUCAGAAACUAACGCAGCACAUCUGGCCCGCGCUGUGGAAGCAGCUCUGCAGGACAUGAGGAAACUGCUGGAGCAAACGCCCAGAGCCAAACUGUGAAGCAGGACUUUAAUAACCUGUGAAGUGAAAUGGAUCUGUGGCAGGACGUCCAAGCUACAGUAUUCUCCUGAUUUGAUCGAUUAUGCACUUUAAAUAAUGUGUGAUUACUGAUUUGUAACGACUGGCAGGCAGGUGCUGUUCCUCUGCUGGUACAAUGCACACUAAUCAUAAUGAUGGACAAUCGAUUUACAGCCCGUUCUGUUUCAAAGUGUAACACUGAUUAACACAAAUGAACCUGUGGAUGGAUUUUCUUUAAAUCCUUUUAAUAUCAACAAAAACCUGAUGAGAUGAAACUCAGUUAUUCAUUAUUUUUACAUGACACACUCUGGGUUGUGCCUCUGUGCCUUAAAUGUACACUGUUUGAUAACUCAGGGGACAUGUCUGCUCUAACAUAACUUUGCUAAGUCUUAUAUUUACAGUCCAAGGAUUUUAUAAAGUUCAUAACUUCUUCACUCUAUUAAUAAUCAUGGCUUUCUAAGAUCACACAACGAAUGGUGUUGUAUCAUCACUCAUGAAGUCUUGUGGCUGCCAUAAACAUGUCUUCACUGAGCAUUGAUACUCAGAACAUGCAGUUUAUUAAUCCAUGGUUUUAUUUAAUGAUUGUAUUAAUCUGUGCCCUGUGAUUUCCACAUGUUCUACCAUACGACAGCCAGUGGUGUAUUCUGCUUAAUGUCUCCCACCGUGUCUUUUCCAAACAAGGAAGUGACACAAUUCAGAAUUUAAUCAGAAAACAUUUGAAUUUAAACAACUUUGAAGUGUUUAUAUUGAUGUAAGAUGAUGUUGUGAUGCGCCAGUUAUCCGUGUGUAAACUUCAAUAAGAUCUCUGUAUCUAUGGGAGGGGUGUGUCUUCAUGUAAUAGACUAUGUUGGCCAGUCAGCAUUUCAUCAUGUGUUUGUGAUAUUCUGCAUACAGUAGUAAUGGAAGAGAUGAAAUGAUUCUGUGCAGAAGUGAUGCUAAUCAUAUUGGGAGGACAGUCUAGCAGGAAACAUGCAUAAUAACAUGAAGCACUGUGUUUGAUUGACUUGUUCAACACUUGAAAUACAUUGUUUUCAAAAACA